GUGAAGAUCAUCACAGACGGUCCCGUGUUGUGGGUGACGACGACGAUGACGAGGACCCUGUGGAGGCCAUGAUCUCCAAGACGGGGUGCUUAGAGAAACAUUAUGCUGUCCAGGUAACUAUAUUCUGCAUGGCUGACCACAAGGACUGGCGCAAGUGUCAAGCUGAAGUGAAGGAUUUCCAGUCGUGCAUUACUGACUAUAACAGAAAUAAACAUAAAGACUAAGGGUUAUAUUACUGUAGUGAAGAACAAAUAUUAUUACCUCUUUUAAUCACAGUGUAUAGUACUGGAACCGCUAGUAAUUUUUACUCUUAAGUCCUGUAAACCAUCAUUAAAUAAAGGUGUGAUGGAAGUUAUACUGUCACGUUUGUUAGAAAAACAAUAAAAGUUCUCUGCAGAAAUAUUGCUUUUGUGUUUAUUGUAUUUCUAAAACUAGGAAGAUUACCACCUUGAAGAGAACUUAACUCUGAAGACCACCAACAGUUAUGGUUAUGUCAGACACAGAUGUACCUUUCUGGUCCCGCCAGUCCUUCAUGACAGUAACUCCCGCCAUCGCUUGUUUCCUGGCUGGCAUUAUUAUUGGCCGCAAGUUGAGCAACACCAUGCGGAGAGUGGCAUCUCUUGCAUCAGUGGGACCCACUAAAUUGGCACUAGUAGUAAGAGCUGACUUGAAAAUGGGCAAAGGAAAAGUAGCUGCACAAUGCAGCCAUGGCACCUUAGCAGCCUACAAACAAAUCCAGAAAAGUAACCCUCGUGUGUUGCAGGCAUGGGAGGAUGCAGGCCAGCCUAAAAUAGUGGUCAGUGCCAAAGACUUGGACCACUUCAAUACAUUAAUGGAGAUGGCAGCAGUAGCAGGAGUACCAACAGCAACUGUACAGGAUGCUGGAAGAACUCAAGUAGUUAUUGGUUCACAGACAGUCUUGGCUGUUGGACCAGCACCUAUAGCAGAUGUUGAUAAGAUUACUGGUAACCUAAGACUUCUAUAAACCUUGUGUGACCACUUUAUUUAUUUAUUUUUUCAUAGAUUUAGGAUGUUCUAUGAAUUCAUACAUAUUAAAUUUUUCUUCAGUGUAAAUAUGCAAACUAAAAUAAUGAAAUACUUUUUAUUGAAAAAAUCAUUGACAAAGCUUUGAAUCUCCAAAUAUUGUAAGCAUGAAUCCUUUGUUUAAAUAUGUAGGAGACAAACACUUCUUGGCAUUAUAAUUAGUAUUCCUGGUGCAAUAUGAUGAUCAUAAAACAAACACUAGCAGUGCAUUAAUCCCUCCGCAGUUUCACAGUUUCCUCUGUCUUGCCAUCCUUGGUGAUGGUGUGAAUAAGGAUACCAUCGCCGGUGUUAAUGUCACGCUCAGCCGCAGAAACAAAGGCAUCGUGAAUUAGUUGCCGAGCAAGUUCCUGAAAAUUUUAUCAAGUGAACAAACAAUGCAAUGUAGAUGUGCACCACACAAAAUACUAUUAUUCAAAAACUUUUGUCUCAAUAAUCUGGUCACUCAAUAAAGAUCACACCACUCAUGGACAUUA